CUGAUGACAGUCUCCAGUAGCCCAGUAAUCAUGCACUGUCCGCCCAGACACCAGCCGUCUCUGCAGCCGUCCGUUCUCCACCCUUGAUUGAUCUGAUUCCAGGACUGCGUGCCAGCUCCAAGCUCUCGUUCCCACUUCACCAUCUUGCGAUCGUGCACCGUCACAACCGGGGACCCACAUCAGCCAGCCCGAUAGAACUGACGCAACUGCAGACUCAUUCCUGUGUGUCUGGGUAGCGGAAUUCUCCCCCCAGCGCAGGAUACCAGUGUGCCAGUGUGCCAGCACCAUCGUGGCUGCGUCAUUAGCUCGGCAGCGCCAGCCUUGCAGCCAUGAACCAAAUCCCGGAUGUCCUGUUCGCUGAUCAGGACUUCACCACGUGGUUGAUAGUCGGAGCCAGCCGUGGUAUUGGACUGGAGUUUGUGCGGCAACUUCUAGCCAGAGACGAACGCAUCAUUGCGACUGUGCGGGAGCCCUGGGCUGGCCACGCCUCUGGUCUAUGGGGUCAAGCCGGAAGCGACCAUGGUCGGUGUCAGAUGUAUGUAUGUGAUGUGCUGAGCGAGCAAAGCAUUGUGAAUUUCGUGAGUCAACUUACUACAAUACCCAAUCUCAAGAUAGACUAUGUUGUAAUCAAUGCUGGAGUUCUGAGAUAUCCAAAUCGUGCUACUGAAUUCUCUUUUGAAGAAUUCGCCUUCCACCUACACACAAACACCAUCGGACCUAUCAUAACAGCACAAAAGCUACUUCAAACAAAUAUCCCAAUCGGUACCAUCGUUUUCAUGUCUAGUGACUCCGGAUCCGCCAUCAACUUCCGCGAGAUUGAAGACGGAUUUGCAGCCUACGCCGCCUCAAAAGCAGCGCUGAACAUGGCCCUACGCCACAUGGCCGCAGAACUAAAGCGCAAAGACGACGACACCAUCCUCCUCGCCAUGCAUCCCGGGGAAGUUGCUACGGAUAUGGCCAACAUCAACGUCUCGUGGCAGGUUGAAGGCAUCAUCACGCCCGAGGAAUCCGUACGCAAGAUGAUCGAUGUAAUCCAGAGCAAGGGCAUGCAGCAUAGCGGGACGUUUUGGACGUAUGAGGAUAAGUUGCAUCCGUGGUAGGGCGACGUGGGGAGUGGGGAUUCAACGAUGGAUGAGAGAUCUAGAUUUGGGUUCGGAAACGUAUAUUUGGUCGUAGGGUCUGUCCGCUGGCACCACUGCGUGCCAUCUACUUUUUACUCGGCGAUAGAUACAGCCGAGAGAUCAUGGAGGUCUAUGAAUGAGAACAUGAGAAGAGAUAAUGUAAUUAGACAGAGAGAGGAGGAGGAGGGCUUCAGUGCAGAAAGUAACGUCUAAACUUUCAUCUCACCAAACCCAUCAAUCACUUCUUCCAGGCCCUCUAAAGUCCCUUCAUCCAAUGUAGCCGUUCCUUU